CCACGUGCUUGUUCGCGAGCCAAUCAGGGGGACGCGGCCCGCCAAUCCCAACAGAGGCCCUCAAUCCAGGCUUCGCCAUCACCAGGGCAACACAGGGAGCGAGCGAGGCCGAGCCCCAGGGCGAGAGUUUUUAAAACAGUUAAAGUGUAACCCGGGCAAUAAGCAAUACAUCGCGAUCGCCGUGACCUCUACUGCUUCGACAUGCGCACGGUGCUCAUGGUGGCGGAGAAGCCGUCUCUGUCUCAGUCCAUAGCAAAGAUCCUGUCGCAAGGUAGCAUGACGUCGCGCAAGGGGCUCAACGGUGCGUGCUCGGUGCACGAGUACAUGGGCACGUUCCAGGGGCAGAGCGCGCGCUUCAAGAUGACGUCCGUGUGCGGUCACGUCAUGACCCUCGACUUCAUCGGCAAAUACAACAACUGGGACCAGGUUGAUCCUGCAGAGCUGUUCAGCAAGGCUCCUACAGAGAAGAAGGAAGCAAACCCCAAGCUCAGCAUGGGGAAGUUCUUGCAGAUCGAGGGCAAAGGAUGUGACUACGUGGUGCUGUGGCUGGACUGUGACCGAGAGGGAGAGAACAUUUGUUUUGAGGUCCUGGACGCCAUCGCGCCGUAUCCAGUGAAGCGUGGCUCCGAGCAGGUGGUGUUCCGAGCCAAGUUCAGCGCCAUCACCGACACGGACAUCCACAACGCCAUGAACAAGCUGGCCGAGCCCAACCGCUAUGAGGCGCUGGCUGUGGACGCUCGUCAGGAAGUGGACCUCCGCGUCGGAUGCGCCUUCACCAGGUUCCAGACCAAGUACUUCCAGGGGAAGUAUGGCGACCUGGAUGCGUCGCUCGUCUCGUUUGGGCCGUGCCAGACGCCCACGCUGGGCUUCUGCGUGGAGCGACAUGACCGCAUCCAGUCGUUCAAACCUGAGACAUACUGGGUGCUACAGGCCAAGGUGAGCACGGCGGCGGGCCAGGCUCUGACUCUGGAGUGGGAGAGGGGCCGCAUGUUCGACCGGGAGGUGGCGCAGACUUUCCUCGCCAUGGUGCGGGGAGCCACGGUGGCCAAGGUGCUGUCCGUGACUCAGAAGGAGAAGGUGAAACAGCGUCCGUUGGCUCUCAACACGGUGGAGAUGCUGCGCAUAGCCAGCUCCUCUCUCGGGAUGGGGCCUCAGCACAGCAUGCAGGUGGCGGAACGGCUCUACAUCCAGGGCUACAUCAGCUACCCGCGCACGGAGACCACCAGCUACCCCGACAACUUCGACCUCAAGGACGCGCUGCGCCAGCAGGCAUCUAGCCCCUUCUGGGGGGACUUGGUGAGGGCGCUGCUGGCCCGGGGCCUGAACAAACCUCGCAAAGGGAGCGACGCUGGCGACCACCCUCCCAUCACGCCCAUGAGGGCGGCCACGGAGAGCGAGCUGGGUGGUGAUGCGUGGCGUCUGUACGAUUACAUCGUACGGCACUUCAUCGCCACGGUGAGCGAAGACUGCCGCUACCUGCUCACCACCAUCACGCUGUCGCUCGCGUGCGAGACCUUCCACUGCGUGGGCAAGACACUCGUGUCGGCCGGCUACACAGAGGUGAUGCCCUGGCAGGCCAUCCCGCUUGAGGAGAGCCUGCCGGCGGUUGUGGCCGGAGAUGAGCUGCCGGUGGACAGCGUGGCGCUACUGGAGAGGCAGACGGGGCCGCCGGACUACCUCACCGAGGCCGAGCUCAUCACACUCAUGGAGAAGCACGGCAUUGGCACGGACGCUAGCAUACCCGUGCACAUUAACAACGUGUGCCAGCGCAACUACGUGACGGUGGAGAGCGGUCGCCGCCUCAAGCCCACCAACCUGGGCAUCGUGCUGGUGCACGGCUACCACAAGAUCGACCCGGAGCUGGUGCUACCCACGAUGCGGGCUUCGGUGGAGAAGCAGCUGAAUCUGAUCGCCAUGGGCAAGGCCGACUUCCAGGCUGUGCUGCAGCACACGCUCAGCAUCUUCCAGCGCAAGUUCCACUACUUCGUCGACCACAUUGCCGGCAUGGAUGAGCUGAUGGAGGUCUCCUUUUCUCCGCUGGCCGCCACUGGGAGACCUCACUCGCGCUGCGGGAAAUGCCGUCGCUUUAUGAAGUACAUCCAGGCGAAACCGAGCCGCCUGCACUGCUCGCACUGCGACGACACGUACAGCCUACCCCACGGCGGCGCCCUGAAACUCUACAAGGAGCUGCGCUGCCCGCUGGACGAGUUCGAGCUGGUGCUGUGGACGUCCGGGCCUCGCGGCAAGAGCUACCCACUGUGCCCCUACUGCUACAGCCGCCCACCCUUUCCCGACAUGAAGAAAGGCAUGGGCUGCAACGAGUGCACGCACCCGACGUGCGCCCACUCGCUGCUGGCGCUGGGCGUGGGCCAGUGCGUGGAGUGUGAGGCGGGGGUGCUCGUCUUCGACCCGCUGUCGGCCCCGCGCUGGCGCAUGGUUUGCAACCGCUGCAGCGUGCUCGUGCACUUCUUCGCCGGCGCCCUGCGCGUCAAGGUGUUGGCGGCGGCGGCGGCGUCAUCGUCAUCGUCGGGGACGCAGGCUCAGCUGGACCCGCCGGACGUGGAGGAUUGUGCCCGCGCGGCGUGGGCCUGCGAGUCGUGCGAAGCGGCGCUCGUCCAAGUCGAGUACCCGGCGGCGCCAGCCGGCGCCGGCAACAACAACAACAGCAACCAGCAACAGCAGCCGGCGGCCGCCGGGGCAAAGGUGGUGAGGUCGCCGCUGCCCGACGGAGCGACGCGGCACGUGGGCUGCGUGUUCUGCGACCCCGUCUUCGAGCCGCUUGUGCAGUUGAAGCACGCGCGGGCACAGAGGGCGCGGCGUGGUGGGGGCCGGGGGGCACCGGCGGGAGCUGGCACAGUGGGGGGCAGGGGGGGAAGGGGUGGGGGCGGAGGGGGGUUCCGCGGGGGCAGGAAGCCCAGGGAUAAGAUGGCGGCGUUGGACGCAUAUUUCGUUUGAGGUGGUGGUCGUUUCCGAGUGUGUGUGUGUGGUGCCCGUGUGCCUGCGUGUGUGUGUGUGUGCGCGUGCUUGGCUAAAAUGCAGGAAGUUGGCACAGCGUAGCGCACAGGUGGUGCAUCUGCCAGUCAUCUCAGUCAGUCCACCCAUGUCAGCCGGGUCUGUCCCGUGAUGUCUGCCAGUGAGCCUUUGACACUUCACGAUGCCUUAAUUUGCAAGAGUGAACCUGGGUCAUCAAAAGUACCAAAGCAUAGCAAAUCAAAAUCAGAACUAAAACUAAAAGAACUGCGUCUAUCGCGUUUCGAGGAAUAACAAAAAUAUUGCAAAACAUAAUUUCCCAGCAGCGCAAAUCUGCUCGGGAAGAUUUUCCUCCACACUGAACACAGACAGCACAAUAUUACAAAACUUAAGCCGCGGGAAACAUUAAUCAGGAGAUAUAUGGUGACUAUAGUACCAUACUAAUAUGUGAACAAACACGGACGUGUGACGUCAAAUGGAAUUGCAACUCAAUUCAUCGUAAAUAAAUCGCAGCUUAGCAUCAAAUUGUGAUCGAGGUGUUAGGGUAACCAAUGGGCGCGUUUGAAGCGAUGGGAUUCCAGGCAGUUUUUUGGUGCAUUGGCAGAGAGAGAGCGAGAAUAUGAGUGGAGACCCGUGCGGGUGAAUUGGUGGAAAAACGGAGCGUGUUGGUGGUGGGGGGUGAGGAGUGGAUUUUGGGAAACUCAGUAAUGGCAAACGUUUCUUGAAAUUCCGCUAAUUCACAGCACAUAAACAGAGGAGGUACCUCUCUGGCCUCUAUAUGUGCUAUGAAGGAGGACCACUGCCAGAAACGGCGCCUUAUUGUAUGCUCGUUCACAUUAAGGCCACACGCAGUGUUGUUGACAAAUGUGUUGGCUUGCUUUUUUUGAGUGUGUUGUUAACUGGGCUUAUGCACCACUGCCAACGCAGCAGCAGCAGUAUAAUGUGUUUAAUUCCGAAUGAUCAUUCGUGUCGUUAUGGAGAAUAUUAGUAGCAAAAUAAACAAGCAGAUAAUUCUACUGCAGCACAUCUACAUAAUGGGAUGUGGAAUAAAAAAAAAACACUUUUAUAUGUGGAGGGACAGUUAUGUAAAGCAGGCGAAAUAUCUGCAUGUUUAUUUAGUUCCUGAUUUACAUGUUGGGGGUGGGAGUACUAAGGGAAUGUUGAACUCGAAUCGUUUUAUGCAACUGAGCCCUUGGCCUUAUCACGAGUUUCGUCGUGUUUUGCUGACUGCAGCUUGGUUGCGAUUGUUGUUGUUGUUGUUGCCGAGUGUGGUUGCGUGGGUGAUGCAGCGCAAGAGUGUAGUUUCGAAGGUGGCGUUGAGACCACUUUAUUCACCGGAGGAAGAGACGCGAUCACGUUCGGCGCACGACAGCCCCCCACCCCCCCCACCUCCGCGAAGGCGCCCGACCUCGCCUGCUUCUCGACAGUCUCAGCAGGUUUUUUUUAGCCUGGCGAGUUGUCACUCAGAUGCGUGACCAACCACUUAGGGGGGGGGGGGGGAGCUUGCCAUGUCUGGAAUAGAGGUUUUUGUUUUGCGUCAGAUCGCGUAAAUAUGAAAGAGUCGUUAGAGCCGCCACCACCUGACACAGCCAAUUAGUAAGGUUUGUCACGUAAACAGAACGUGCCAAUUCGUUACUAGUACAGUGCACCGGUGUGUUGGAGAGUAAACCCACAACAUUUACAAUUGGAGUCCCGACGUUUCACCAGUUAUUACAGCAAGCAUCAUCAGGCGGACAGCCAGGUUUGUGGAGAAAUCCUCCUGUUAUCGUUCUUAAAUAGAGGGAUAUAAAUGUGAUGUCGCCACCUAUGAGCCAAUCGGGUGCAAAGGCCAGAGGGGAUUGGGGGAGUUAAUGUAUGCAUAUAAAUAACAAUGUAUAUCCAUUACACAUUGCAAGCCCUGUGGCUUACCAUGUGUUUGUAGGUGUGGGGCUUCUCUUGUGAGUUGUGGCCAGGAGAUGGCAUCGCUGAGUGUUGUGGGGGGAGCUGUAGCCUUGUGGCGGUGAGCACGCCACGCUAGGAACCCCGGCUACCCAGGUUCGGAUUCCCGCUCACGGUCAACACGCACCAUUGACGAUUAUCUGAAGCGGUCCUGGGCCUCCCCUAGGUCGACUCAGCCUGAAAUGAGCACCCGACACGAAGCCAAACUCUCGCGAGUAAAUAUAACUGGAGCCGAACAUCAUCCCGAUGUAGCCGGGACUCCUCGCUGAACAAGAGAUUUGAAGUUCGGUGGGGCCCUUUGGUGCCGCCAGGGAUCGGUGUUACAAUGGAAGCGGCAUUACAUGAGUGUGUCGAUGCUGUCUCUCUAUGUGUUUGUAGUUAUCACGGCGGUUUUACAUUUUACUGCCACCAGAACUUUUAUACAGCUCCGUGGUGUGGGGGUGCGAGCUGGGAUGUGGUGAGAAAGUGUACGAAUAUUAAGACAUCAAGUCGACAAAUGACCCUUUUGCAAAUGGCUUUACACGUUUAAUAUUGUACAUAAGAAUGGGGGGGGGGGGGGCGAAAUUAUCAAUAAAUAUUUCAAUACCCCGUAAACUCUUUCUCCGUCUUAUGAAAGAUGGUAAUGUUUCUAUCGUAGUUGUGCGUUUCACGGUGCGUAAUGUUCGAGCCGGGAUAUUCGAACCUUGGUUAUAUAUAAUUAUCGAUUUUUCUAAAUGCCGACUCGUAGUGUAAUGGAUGCACUUGGCUUGUCAUCAUUAUCAUCAUCUGUGUCCCAAGGCUUUAAUCUCCACCCAGAAGAACUCUUCACCUCGCUCAUUAAACCACUCAGACGGUCACAGGACGCGUCUCUUCAUCGCCACUGGAACAUCACUUUCCUCCCUGCGAGUGACCUCUCUGCGUGGAGAUCUGUGGGGACGUGUGGACGACACUGGGAGUCUGGUGUGGUGGUGGUAUAGGGAGGGA